AUGGACCGCAAGGAGCCUAGGGGCGUGGGGGGGGNCCUGUCCUACGAGCUGUGGCCGCGCGUGCUGCGCAAGCGGGACGUGUCCGCACAGGGCGCCGUGCCCGCCUUCUACGAGCUGCAGUACCGCGGGCGCGAGCUGCGCUUCAACCUGACGGCCAACGUGCAUCUGCUGGCGCCCGGCUUCGUGAGCGAGACGCGGCGGCGCGGCGGCCUGGGGCGCACGCACAUCCGCGCCAGGGCGCCCGCCUGCCACCUGCUAGGCCAGGUGCAGGACCCCGAGCUGGAGGGCGGCCUGGCGGCCAUCAGCGCCUGCGACGGGCUGAAAGGUAUGUUCCAGCUCUCCAAUGAGGACCACUUCAUCGAGCCCCUGGAUGGGGUCCCCGCCCGGCCCGGCCACGCCCAGCCCCACGUGGUCUACAAGCGCCAAGCCCCUGAGAGGGAAGCAGCUCGGGGUGACGCCACGGUGCAGGGCACCUGUGGGGUACAAGCGUCCUCGGAGCCGGAGGUGCAGCGGGAGCGUUGGGAACAGCGGCAGCGGCAGCGGCGGCGGCAGCGCCCGCGGCGGCUCCACCAGCGCUCGGUCAGCAGAGAGAAGUGGGUGGAGACCCUGGUGGUCGCCGACGCCAAAAUGGUGGAGUACCACGGGCAGCCCCAAGUCGAGACCUACGUGCUGACCAUUAUGAACAUGGUGGCUGGCCUGUUUCAUGACCCCAGCAUCGGGAACCCCAUCCACGUCACCGUCGUGCGCCUGGUCCUGCUGGAGGAGGAGGAGGAAGACCUGAAGAUCACACACCACGCAGACGACACUCUGAUUAGCUUCUGCAAGUGGCAGAAGAACAUCAACACGAAGGGGGAUGACCACCCGCUGCACCACGACACCGCCAUCCUGCUCACCAGGAAGGACCUAUGCGGGUCCAGGAACCAACCCUGCGAGACGCUGGGCCUGUCCCACGUGGUGGGCAUGUGCCAGCCUCACCGCAGCUGUAACAUCAACGAGGACACGGGGCUGCCCCUGGCCGUCACCGUGGCCCACGAGCUCGGACACAGCUUUGGCAUUCAGCAUGAUGGAAGCGGCAAUGACUGCGAGCCCGUUGGGAAACAGCCUUUCAUCAUGUCUCCACAGCUCCUGUACGACACCGCCCCCCUCACCUGGUCCCGCUGCAGCCGCGAGUACAUCACCAGGUUCCUGGACCGAGGGUGGGGCCUGUGCUUGGAUGAUUCUCCCAGCAAGGAUGUCAUCGACUUCCCCUCCGUGCCACCUGGGGUCCUCUAUGACGUGGGCCACCAGUGCCGCCUGCAGUACGGGGCCCACUCUGCGUUCUGUGACAACAUGGAUAACGUGUGCCACACACUCUGGUGCUCCGUGGGGACCACCUGUCACUCCAAGCUGGACUCAGCCGUGGAUGGCACCAGCUGUGGGGAAAGCAAGUGGUGUCUGAACGGGGAGUGCGUGUCCGUGAGCUUCCAGCCUGAGGCUGUGGACGGCGGCUGGUCCGGCUGGAGCGCCUGGUCUGUCUGCUCCCGGAGCUGUGGCGUGGGUGUGAAGAGCUCUGAGCGGCAGUGCACGCAGCCCGUGCCCAAAUACAAGGGCAAGUACUGUGUGGGCGAGCGGAAGCGUUUCCGCCUGUGCAACCUGCAGGCCUGCCCCCCCGGCCGCCCCUCCUUCCGCCAGGUCCAGUGCAGCCGCUUUGACGCCAUGCUUUACAAGGGCCAGCUGCACACGUGGGUGCCCGUGGUCAACUACGUGAACCCCUGUGAGCUGCACUGCCGCCCCACCAACGAAUACUUUGCUGAGAAGCUGCGGGAUGCCGUGAUCGACGGCACCCCCUGCUACCAGGGCCAGUCCGGCCACGACCUCUGCAUCAACGGCAUUUGCAAGAACGUGGGCUGUGACUUCCAGAUCGACUCCGGUGCCGUCGAGGACCGCUGUGGCGUGUGCCACGGCAACGGCUCCACCUGCCACACCGUGAACAGGACCUUUGAGGAGUCUGAGGGCCUGGGCUAUGUGGAUGUGGGGCUGAUCCCGGCCGGUGCCCGUGAGAUCCGCAUCGAGGAAGUGGCUGAGGCCGCCAACUUCCUGGCCCUGCGCAGCGAGAACCCCGAGAAGUACUUCCUGAACGGGGGCUGGACCAUCCAGUGGAACGGGGACUACCAGGUGGCCGGCACCACCUUCACGUACACGCGCACCGGCAACUGGGAGAAGCUCACGUCCCCCGGCCCCACCAGCGAGCCUGUCUGGAUCCAGCUGCUGUUCCAGGAGAGCAAUCCCGGGGUGCGCUAUGAGUACACCAUCCAGAGGGAGGCAGAUGGCCACAGCCAGGUCGAGCCGUCCGAGUUCUCCUGGCGCUAUGGGCCCUGGACCAAGUGCACGGUCACCUGUGGCACAGGGUUGCAGAGGCAAAUCGUGCACUGCACUGAGCGACAGGCGGGGCCGGUGGACGAGAGAUACUGCGACCCCCUGGGCCGGCCCGAUGACCGCCAGAGGAAGUGCAGCGAGGAGCCCUGCCCGGCCCGGUGGUGGGCAGGGGGGUGGCAGCCGUGCUCCAGCUCCUGCGGGCCUGGGGGCCUCGCCCGCCGCUCCGUGCUCUGCAUCCGCAGCGUGGGGCCGGAUGAGCAGAGCGCCCUGGAGCCGGCCGCCUGUGCGCACCUCCCCCGGCCCCCUGCCGAGACCCCUUGCCUCCGGGAUGUGCCCUGUCCAGCCACCUGGGCCGUGGGCAGCUGGUCGCAGUGCUCGGCGACGUGCGGGGAAGGCACUCAGCACCGCAGAGUCCUCUGCACCAAUGACACCGGCAUCCCCUGCGAUGAGACCCAGCGGCCGACCAGCUGGGCUGCCUGCUCCCUGCCGCCCUGUCCUCAGGCCCUGGACCCCGAAGGCUCGGGCAGCAGCUCCUCCAGCCAGGAGCUCUUCAAUGAAAUCGACUUCAUCCCCCUGCGCCUGGCCCUGCGCCCUCUGCCGCCCUCAUCACCUGAGCCGGCCGGCAUGGGCAAUGCCAUCGAGGAGGACCCUGAGCUGGGCCCGCCGGGGCCUGUGUUUGUUGACGAUUUCUACUACGACUACAAUUUCAUUAACUUCCACGAGGACCUGUCCUACGGGCCCUUUGAGGAGCCCGACCCGGACCUGGCAGGGGCAGGGCACUGGACGCCCCCACCCCUGAGCAGUCCUGCCGAGCCCCCCAUAAGCACCCGCCUGCCGGCCUCAGAGGCUCCGGGGACCGAAAAGGAGGGGGCACUGGGAGAGUCCCCUGCCCCUUGGCCCAGCCUGUCUCUGCCCCCACCCUCGGAGCAGACCCCUGGGAACCCCCUGGUCAAUUUCUUACCUGAGGAAGAUGCCCCCGCCAGGCACCCAGACUUGGGGCUCCCCAGCUGGCCCUGGCCCCCUGCUUCAGUCAGUGGCACAAAGACGCCUGCUGCCACUUGGAGCCUCCCGGGAGGGGAAGACAGCCAGAGCCAAACUCCCGCUCCGCGCCAGCGGGGGACCAACGAGCUGUCCGAGCUGUCCCAGGAGGAGGAAGAGGGGGGGGAGGGGGGAGAGGAGGGGGAAGCUUUAGACCAUGGAGGGACCAGCCUGCCCCCAGGAUCCCGCCCCAUGUCGCCCCCUUUGCCCUCCUUCAGCACCACCCGCACCGCCUCCAGUCCUGGCGCAGGCGAUCCAUGGACGGUGGGGACUGUGGCCUGGGAACCACCUCUGGAAGGUGGCCUGGGUCCUGGGGACACUGAGCUGCAGCCUCCCGUUGGGAGAGCUCCUUUCCCUCCCCCAGCUGCUCUGCCAGCGACCACAGGCAGGGAUGGCCCCCUGGAACCGGGGACUCCCACCCCUCCAGCCCCAUGGCACCUGCAGACCGCGGCUGUGCCAGGAACUUUCCUUCUGUCGGCUCCCCUUGGCCUUGAGCACACGUUUUGGGGCAUGGCCUCUGGCCCAGGACCUAUGGGGCAGCCGGAAGCCCCCGGCUCUGAGGUGCCCCCGAGCCCUGUGCUCCCGCCCACACCAGCUCAGGACGGUUCAGCCAACAAUAGCAGAGCCCCCGAGGCCCAGCCUCUGGACCCCAGCCUGACCCAGGACCUGCCACCUGCCAGGAAUGCCAGCUGGGAGGUGGGGAACUGGAGUGAGUGCUCCACCACCUGCGGCCUGGGUGCCGUCUGGAGGCCCGUACGCUGCAGCUCCGGCCGGGAGGAGGACUGCGCUGCUGCCGGCCGGCCCCAGCCCGCCCGCCGUUGCCACCUGAGGCCCUGUGCUGCCUGGCACACGGGGAACUGGAGUAAGUGCUCCCGCAGCUGUGGCGGAGGGUCCUCGAUGCGGGACGUGCAGUGCGUGGACACACAGGACCUCCGGCCGCUGCGGCCCUUCCACUGCCAGCCGGGGCCUGCCAUGCCGCCCGCCCGCCGUCCCUGCGGGGUGCAGCCCUGCCUCAGCUGGUACAUCUCUUCCUGGAGGGAGUGCUCGGAGGCUUGUGGUGGCGGCGAGCAGCAGCGUCUGGUGACCUGCCCGUUGCCGGGCCUCUGCGAGGAGGCGCUGAGACCCAACAGCACACAGCCAUGCAACACGCACCCCUGUACGCAGUGGGUGGUGGGGCCCUGGGGCCAGUGCUCGGCCCCCUGCGGCGGUGGCAUGCAGCGGCGCCUGGUCCAGUGCGUCAACACCCAGACCGGGCUGCCCGAGGAGGACAGUGAGCAGUGCAGCCACGAGGCCCGGCCGGAGACCUCCCGGCCGUGCGGCACCCAGGACUGUGAGCUCACCGAGGCGCCACGCUGCGAGCGGGACCGCCUGUCCUUCGGCUUCUGUGAGACCCUGCGUCUGCUGGGCCGAUGCCAGCUGCCCGCCGUCCGUACCCAGUGCUGCCGCUCCUGCCCCCCUCCGGGCCACGGAGCCCCCUCCCGCGGCUAUCAGCGUGUCGCCCGCCGCUGACCCACCCCAGCGGGGCCCGGCUGCACGGAUCGGCCGGCCCACGCACCCAGACCCACGGACCUCAUGCCCCACUGGGGGCUGCACCCCGAAGGUGCUAACCUGGCCUGCUGGUGGCGGGCUGGGGACCCCUCCCUCAAGAAAAGGUAUUUUUUUAUUUUAAUGGUUUGCAUAACCUUUAUUAUUAUUAUACAUAAAUGAGCACCUACAGUUUCA